UUUCGUAGAACUAUAGCAUUAGGAGUUACUUUUGAAUGCAAAGAACCUGUACCCUGUACAAUUCACUAUGAGAGACGGAUGUCUUGCAAGAAGUGCCGUUUCGACAAAUGCAUAGCUUCUCACAUGAAACCGGAAUGUAAGUAUGCAUUUACAAGUAUGCCUAUAUAUAGUUUGGAGUGUGAGUUCGUGGAGUUCUUCUUUUCUUUAAGUUACAGUGAUUCCUUUACCACUUGUCAAAAUCCAAUUAAUGGUGGUAUCCUGGAAAAUAAUCUCGAAACACUGAGGAGCAUUGAUAAGUUGCUUCUUGAGAAAGGUCUAUAA